UUUGUCCGUGCAAAAUGACGACAUCACGUGACAUCCCUGUGAUCAUAUGACCGCACACAUUCGAAAUCACUUCUCAGAAGUGCACGCUCAUGUAUCACCGCUUCUAACCUUUUAACUUAGCAUUACUGCUGUAAGGAAGACAACACAAUAAAGAGUCACAAUGCUGAAGGAAACGGUCAGUCUUCUUCUAGCAUUGUGGAUCGCUUCCGAGCCGGUGCUAUCCAGGGGAUGUUCAAGUUUCUUCUGCCGCAAGUCUCUCCGGGUGACCAAGCCAAAAGGACCGGAUCCCGGCAAGCCCCUCUUUCUAACGCCUUAUUUGGAGCGAGGGAACGUAGAGGAAGCCAGAAGACUCAGUUUGGUGGGGCCCCUUCCUGGAGCCAACGUGAAGAGUUACUCUGGUUACCUCACAGUUAACAAGACCUAUAACAGCAAUCUCUUUUUCUGGUUCUUUCCAGCACAGGAGAGACCUGAGGCUGCUCCAGUGCUGCUGUGGCUUCAGGGAGGUCCUGGAGGCACCUCGAUGUUUGGACUUUUUGUGGAGCACGGUCCUUAUGUGGUGUAUCAGAACCUAACAGCGGGGUUCAGGAGUUACCCCUGGACAUCCAGAUACUCUGUUCUUUACAUCGACAACCCAGUGGGAACAGGAUUCAGCUUUACAGACGAUGAUAGAGGAUUUGCCCGCGACCAGGAUGAUGUAGGCAGAGAUCUCUACAGCGCACUGACUCAGUUCUUCCAGAUCUUCAGUGAGUUCCAGCCAAAUGAUUUCUAUGCCACUGGGGAGUCUUAUGCAGGGAAGUAUGUUCCAGCGAUUGGCUAUUACAUCCACAAAAACAACCCCUCCGCCAAGGUGAAGAUCAACUUCAGAGGUGUCGCCAUCGGUGACGGGCUGUGUGACCCAGAAGUGAUGCUGGGGGGGUACGCAGACUUUCUGUACCAGACUGGCUUGGUGGACGAGCUGCAGAAGCAGCACGUCCAGGAGCAGACAGAUGCCGGGGUACGACUCAUCCAACAGCAGAAGUGGGUGGAGGCUUUUGAACUUUUUGACAGCUUGCUGAAUGGUGAUUUGAGCCCAUAUCCGUCAUUCUUCCAGAACGUCACUGGGUGCACUAACUACUUCAACUACCUGCAGUGUCAGGAGCCUGUGGACCAAGAGUACUUUGGCCAGUUUGUGACCCUCCCAGCUGUGAGGAGCUCCAUCCAUGUUGGAAACCUCACCUUCAAUGACGGUUCCGAGGUGGAGAAGCAUUUGUUGCAAGACGUCAUGAAGUCCAUCAAACCCUGGCUGGGCGUCCUCAUGGACAACUACAGGGUGCUGCUCUACAGUGGGCAGCUUGAUGUGAUCGUAGCGGCACCGCUAACCGAGCGUUUCUUGCCCACUGUGGCGUGGUCCAGAGCUGACGAGUAUAAAAAAGCCCAGCGGUUCUACUGGAAGAUCCAGCCCAGUGACACUGAGGUCGCAGGAUAUGUCCGUCAAGUGGGGGAGUUCUUCCAGGUGAUCGUUCGAGGAGGGGGGCACAUUCUGCCGUAUGACCAGCCGGAGAGAUCCUUUGAUAUGAUGGACAGAUUUCUUUCUACAAAGGGAUGGUGACACACUGCAGAAGCACUUUGAAGAAAUGAAGGUUUAGAGCGAUAAAGAUGUUCUUAUUGAAAGAAGCACGGCUGCAGGUGCUCUUUCCUCCCUGUGGAGAGAGAUUCUGCACUGUAUUCAUUCUUGUACAUAAUCAGGAUAUAUUUUCAAUGACAGGAUGGCCUUAUGAUUGCAAUUUGAUUGAAAUAAAUUGUGUACAAAAAA